AUGUGGCAAAGGCAGAGUUGUGGGGUUGGAGUGAACCUGAUGGACAAACGAGGGUGCAAGCCCGGUCGAUUCGGGGCCCGUGGUGUGACCGUUGCUGGAAAUCAUGACCGAGGGAUGGCUCGAGGCCCCAUCGGGCUGCCCUCGGAGGCCGCGAUACAGCUGCGUCGCCAGCGCCAGGAAGAGCGCAAGCAGCGUAUUCUAAACCCCAAAAUUAGCAAGAAUGGCAGCGAUCUCGAGGCCCUGCAGCAACAGAUUAUCGAAAAGCGCGAGCAGAAAAAGGCCGAGCGCGAAGCUGAGAUGGCUGCUGAUCGCGAAAUGGCUGCGCACGCCGAGCUGGCUUUGGAGCUCGAGCGACAGCAACGCAUGGCUGCCAAGGCUGCACUCGCCGAACAGCAACGCCAAUGGGAAGAACAGCGCCAUCGUGAGGAAACGGUGGUGUGGCGCGAGCCUGCUCCGCUCCGCGGCGACGGCGCCGACGAGAGUCGGCUUGGCCCAUCCUCUCUGCAAAUCUUCCAGGGUGAGGAUGACAGUCAGAUUGAACGCGAGGCCCUGCAGCGGGCCCAACAGCGUGAAUGGGCUCGCCAACAGAUGGAACAGCAACAACGCCAGCGCCAAGCCGAAUCAGCCGAAUUUGAAGAGGCGCAAAACAUGGCCCACAGCCAAGCUCUCUUGGGCCUUCAACAACAGCACGCUCAAGACGAAGCCCGUCGGGCCCGCCUACGCGAGGCCGCGGAGUACAAUCGCAAGAUGGCCGAUGAAAAGGCUGCUGCUCGCCGCCGCGAACGCUUCCAUGAAGCCGAGGAACUCGUGGCACAGAAGCAGGCUGAAAUCGACUCCUCCCUCAUGCGCGAAGAUCCCACAGAGGCGUUUGGCCGAAAUGGCAAGGUCCUGAAAGACCGCUACCGAGGCAUGACUCCAGAACAGGUGGCUCAGAUUCGCGCCGACCAAAUCCGCCAAGCCGAGGAAGCCCAGCAACGCCGGCAACAGCAACGCGAGGAAGAAGAGCGCGAAGCCCAACUGCGCGCCCAGAUGAGCCGUCAGGCCUUGUUGAUGGAUCGCCAAGCGCAACGCGCUCGUCAAGCACAGCUGCAAGAGGCCGCCACCAUCAAUCAAACGUUGCGACUGGAACAGACACUUCGCGCCACCCAGCGGGAAGAAAACACCUUUGACGACAGCUUCUUUAGCCAGUUUGGCACCAGCGCCCGCUAAUCGGUGCCGGAGUAGAUGUGUCUAGCAACCGGACACACGCUCAUGCCCAUCUUCACUGAUGUGUUGCGUUGCUUUGCUGUAUGCUAAUGUCUAUGCCUUUAUGUGCGUGUGUGCCCUGUGGAUAUGUUCCUUGUUGGCCGUGCGGCCGGUCCGCCAAGACGUUACACGUCAACCGUACCACCCCUCCCUCAUCCGGCUGCUCUUUCGCCUUCUCUCUCUCUCUCUCUCUCUUUCCUUUGCCCCAUCUCUUCUCGCCCCUGCUCCCCUCUCCCCCUGUCACUUGCGUCCUCAUGCCCACCCUCCUGUCUUCGUGUCUUAUUUGACCGCUUCUUUUUCUCAGUUGUCUGUUUACUAUUCUGCGAGUCCCCUCUGAAUAAAAAAGAGCAUAUCGUUUGAUGGACAUUGCACCAAUCACACGCUUGCUGUUGC